AUGGGCCUUCAACAUAAAGUCUUCUUCAGCAAGCGAGCCAGCGCCACUCGCACCGGUCCCACAGGCGCUGACCAUCUCAAAUGGGUCCCCACGAGCUCUACUCUCAUUUACGGCGAGACAGAUGCCAUUCUAGUCGAUACCCAGCUAACCACACAGGCCGCCGAAGAGUUGGCUGACUGGGUUGUCGCCAGUGGAAGGAACCUGGUCGCGAUUUAUGUCACUCAUUCGCAUGGCGACCACCAUUUCGGAAGUUCGGCCCUUCUCAAACACUUUCCUAGUGCCAAAGUGCUAGCGACAAAGGAGGUUUCCUCCAGGAUGGAGAAUGAACACUCCCCAGAGAGGUUACAGGGUCUAUGGAAUAAGCUUUUCCCUGGGCAACUUCCGGACCAUUUUGCAUCCGCUGAGGCAUUGGAAAAGGACGAAUUCGAGCUGGAAGGCGAAAAGUUGGUGGUUGUGAGAUUAGGACACACCGACUGCGACGAAACCACGGCCUUGUGGGUUCCAUCGACUGGCCUCCUUGUUGCAGGCGACUCCGUUUACGGCAAUACUCAUCCCUACAUGGGCGAGUCGGGUACUGUCAAAGCGCGACUGGCAUGGAUGGCGGCGUUGGAUAAGCUCGCCGCUUUGAACCCUAAGAUGGUCAUCGGCGGCCACAGCGACCCAGACAGUUCUUUUGGACCGGAUGCCAUCAGCGAGACGAAGACUUAUUUCGCAAAUUUCAACCGACUUGUGCAGGAGUCUCGGACUGCCGAAGAGGUAUACACCCAGAUGAUGCAACUUUACCCUGCACGGCUAAACCCGGGUUCACUCUGGGGCGGAGCAGUGCUUUCGAAGCAGGAGGAAAGUGGAAAUGUUUAG